AUGUCUGCUCGAGAGCGACGAGAGAAGCUGCGCUCAGCGCAGCGUGAGAAGGCGGCGGCGCAGUUCGAAAAGUCUCCACGCAGACGUGCGGAGGAGCCGGUGCCUGGGGCAGAGGAGAGACAGACUCCCGCGGCGGGCGAUGGAAUGUCUAAGGUGACGAGCGAGGCAACGCCCGCUCAAGUCGCGGGUGCCCACGACUCCGGGGCCAAAGGAAGCUCUGAGUCGCGUCCCAGCGCUGCAGAACUCCUGCCUGCGCCGGACGCACCUCCACAGCAGGUGAGUGAGCCGACCAAGACAGAGGUGGAGACAAAGAUGGCUGCACAUCCCAGCACCAAAGAACAGCCGGGGACGCUUCAAGCACCGGCGGAAGUGCAAGGGACAAAAUACGAAGUGGUUGCAGAAGCGGCGAUGGAAAUGGCCGAGGACAAGCCGAGCACGCCCGAUGUCUGGGAGGAGGGUUCCCCGAAAGAGCGGAAGUCCUCAGUGAAAAUGGAAGAGUGGAAGGAGGACAAGCCGAGCACGCCCGAUCUCUCGGAGAAAGGGGUGCCAGAAGUACGGAAGUCCUCCGUGACAAGGGAAGAAGGGAAGGAGGACAAGCCGAGCUCGCCCGAUCUCUCGGAGAAAGGGGUCCCGGAAGCACCGAAGUCUUCACUGAGAAAAGAUGAGGGGAAGGAGGCGACGGAGAAAGUGGCCCCGGAAGCACGGCGGUCUUCAGUUGCUACCGAUGAUUCUCCCAGCGACGUCGUAGCGGAGGACGCAGCGCAGCGCCGCGCGCGGCUUCGCUUUUCGCGGCGCUCCACUCUUUCCGCCCAGGCGAUCCCGCGUCGACCCAGUCGAACCCGCGAAAGGGCAGCUGAAGCAGACGCGGCUGCUUCUCUGCUGCGCCGGCAGGGCCUCGAAUCUGCCUUUGCAGAGAGCCACCGUGCGCUGGAGAGGCUGCUGUCUGAGCUAGACUUGGGCGUUGAGGUGGACCAGUCUUCAGGCCGCAGCUUGCGCCUCACGGUCUCGGAAGCUCAGCUGCAGCAGAUGCGCGCCGAGCACCUGGAUGCGUUCCAUCGCAGGCUUCUCAAAGUGGCAACGGCCAGCGCCUUUGAUCGCAUGGCCUCGCUCGCAGUGCAGCGAAGUGCGCUGCAGGACACCCGAAAGGCACAGUGGUGGACCAGUGAAGACUUCCGGAAAGAAGCCCGCGCCCACGAGCUUCUUCUGAGGAGAGGCAACUAUGUCGUCCAGCAUGCGGAAGACGUCGCUUCGAGGUGUGCGCAAGAAGCUGGCCAUUACGUCUACCAGCUGACAGCCUUGGAGGACGAGGUCAGCCCGGAGAAGCGGAUGGAGCUCCAGUCUUGCCAGAAGGCGCUGGACGAGGAAUGUAAGAGCCUGGCCAACAGCAUCGCCGCCUUCCAGAGUCUUGCUACGAGCCUGGCGAGACCUUCCACUGAUGCCGGCCAGGCCGAGGCGACAAGUUUGCUGGGCGGCUCGUGGUCGGAACAGAAACUGGGGCUCCAAGUCCGUUUUGCGCUGGCGGCGGAUUGCCUGCAGCAGCGGCGGACCACGGUGGCGGAGCGCGCCGGGCCAAAGGCAGCCCAGCUGCCACUGGAGCAGGAGCUGCUCGAGAGGCUACGUGCUGAGAAGGAGGCCUGGCACCGGGAUGCCAGCUCGGAGAGCUCCUGGGAUUCGGCGGAGGAGCCGGAGGAGCAGGAGGACUGGUCUGAGCGAGUGGCCGCUGCUAUGGCACUCCUGGACACGCAUCAGCCGAAGCCUGUGAAGGUGCGUGUGGCUGGCCUUCGUCAAUCGGUGCUGGGAGACCAGGACACGUUCAAGCGACUUGUUGCCGAGAAGUUUGCCGAGGCCAUCAACAUCGACUCGGAGGAGAUCCGGGUGAAGAACAUCCGUGGCGGGACGCCUCGCCAAUGA